GCUGAGCCAACAGCCAACUAAAAAAGUACAAACGAAUUCUAAAAACAGUUUAUGAAAAAGAUUGAACGUUGCCCCUCAGAAUCUCUUGAAAUCGACUCCAAUUUCCGUUAAACUUUCGAAAGGAAAAAGCAACUCAAAAAUUUAAAAAGUGCCACGUACAAAUGGGAGGAACAAAAUUGAAAAAAACUAGAAGUUGGAAAAUUUUAAACACUAUCGCUCUUUAAAUUGUGGGACUCGUGCUGUAACGGCGCCUUUGAAAAAGAGCACACAAAUAAUAUUCCACACUUGACUUUGUGGAAAAGGCGACAGUCUGCAAAAUAAGCAAUGGAUAUGAACGCAAGCGACAAAUACGGGAGAACUCGACUGCAUCGCACUAUCGAGUCCAGAUCGGCAAUCGAAAUUAACGACCAGCGGGCGAUUGAGACUCUAGUGGCCGAAGUCAACACGUUACUGAACGACGGAGCGAACGUCAACACGACGACAAAUGCAGAAAGAGAUGAGAUGACGCCGCUUCACGCAGCCGCAAGUCAUUGGAGGGAUAUUCCCAUCAAGCUGUUCCGCAGACUCCUCGAAAAAUCCAACCCGCGCACAAUCAACGCACGAAACAGCCGCGGGAAAACUGUUCUCCAUUUGGCUUUCGCUCAUCGUUCCGAGAUGAUUGCUACGCAAUUGCUUCAGCACACCAGACCUGAUGUUAACGGUGUUUUAAAGGUUGUGGUCGACGUUGGCAUCAAAGACAUUGCCGGCCUCACUCCACUCGAUGUAGCCGCACGGUGGCAGGACAUUCCAUCGCACCUGUUCAACAACAUCCUGGACCUGACCGUUUUAAAUCCCAUGGAAAAUGCUCUGGCUCACGCAAGAGCAAUUAAUUCAGGUCCCACAAUUCGACAAUUACAGACAUGGAUCUACGUUUUAACUUCCAUUCAACAGCAAAGUAAAUCUUGUUGAACGAAUAUCCCAUCGCCUAUCCAUGAUCCGAAGAAUGAUCAAUGCUCGCGUCUUCUACAUUUACAGAACAGUGCCAAUUGUUAGCACAAGUAUUUGUA